GAAGAUCAGGAAGUUUAAGGGGCCUAACAGCUCACCACAACCUUAAUAUCAGCUCACAGUUGAUUCACUUCGCAGUUCCAAUAUUUGGUGUUCAAGGUGAGCUUGAGAAAUUUAAAUUUUGAAUCCAGAACCAGACCUCUCAAUAAUGGAUAUGGGUGAACGUUGUAUUGUUAUUAAAGAAGCUGAUAUUGCGUAUGAUGAAAAUCGGAUUUCUUUCAGUGUAAAAUUAGAAGAAAAAUUAGAUAUUGACAUCCUUGAACAAUUCAUAGAUGAAGAAGGAGUUCAUGAAAGAAAAGAAUAUUCUAUCAAGAAUGAAUUGACUAACUUUAGCAGCUUAGUUGCAGAAGUCGAUUCAAAUCAUUUAUCAUCUACCUCUUUCACUGAAGAAAUUCCUCCAGAUUUGGAUCCACCAAGGAAUAACUCUGAACCGGUCCACCUGGAGCAAAAUGAAUGUAAAGAAAGUCAGAUGGAUAACUUUGGAAUUUAUGUAGAAUCGAAACAUCCGGAAGUUAAAGAACCUAACCUGAAAGUUAAACAACACAAGUGUCAUCUAUGCGAGUAUGUUUCAAGUAGAAAAGGAAACCUAAACAUCCAUGUUAAUAAUGUUCAUUCAAACAUUAAGAAUCAUAAGUGCCACUUGUGUGAAUAUACCGCCAACAGAAAAGCUAAUCUCGAGAGACAUGUAAAUUCCGUUCAUUUAGAAAUCGCGGAAUUCGAGUGUCACCUAUGUGAGUAUAGUGCGAGUGAAAAAAGUGUUCUUGAGAGGCAUGUCGACUCUGUUCAUUUUAAUAUUAAGAAACACAAGUGCCACUUAUGUGACUAUGCUACUAGUGGAAAGAGUCCUCUCGAUAGACAUAUAAAGUCGGUUCAUUUGAAUAUCAAGGAACACAAAUGCCACCUAUGUGAAUAUGCGGCUAAUCUUAAAUGUAGCCUCGAUGGACAUAUAAAGUCGGUUCAUUUAAAUAUCAAGGAACAUAAAUGUCACUUAUGUGAAUACGCUGCUGAUAUUAAAUCUAAACUUGAUAGACAUAUCGAGUUGGUUCAUUUGAAAGUCAGGAAACACAAUUGUCACUUAUGUGAAUAUUCUGCUAGUUUGAAAGGUAACCUUGAUGCACACAUCAAAGCGGUUCACUUAAAAGUCAAGGAACACAAAUGUCAUUUAUGUGAAUAUACUGCUAGUUUGAAAAGUAACCUUAUGGCGCACAUCAAAGCGGUUCACUUUAAAGUCAAGAAACACAAAUGUCACUUAUGUGACUAUAUUGCUUCUGUAAAAAGUCUCCUUGAAAAACAUAUAAAUUGUGUUCAUUUAAAUGUAAAAAAAUACAAGUGUCAGUCAUGUGAAUAUGCUGGAAGUCAGAAAAUACAACUAGAUAGACAUAUUAAGUCGGUUCAUUUAAAUGUCAAGAAAUACAAGUGUCAGUCAUGUGAAUAUGCCGGAAGUCAGAAAAAACAACUUGAUAGACAUGUUGAGUCGGUUCAUUUAAAUAUCAGGAAACACAAAUGUCACUUAUGUGAAUAUGCUGCUAAUGUAAAAUUCAACCUCAAUAGACAUAUCAAGUCGGUUCAUUUGACUAACCUUGAUGCAUACAUUAAACCAGUUCACUUAAAAGUCAAGAAACACAAAUGUCACUUAUGCGAAUAUACUUCUCGUUGGAAAGGUAACCUUGAUGUACAUAUCGAAUCGGUUCACUUAAACGUCAAGAAACACAAAUGUCACUUAUGUGAAUAUGCGGCUUAUCUUAAAUGUAGGCUCGAUGGACAUAUAAAGUCGGUUCAUUUAAAUAUCAAGGAACAUAAAUGUCACUUAUGUGAAUACGCUGCUGAUGUAAAAUCUAAACUUGAUAGACAUAUCGAGUUGGUGCAUUUGAAAGUCAGGAAACACAAUUGUCACUUAUGUGAAUAUUCUGCUAGUUUGAAAGGUAACCUUGAUGCACACAUCAAAGCGGUUCACUUAAAAGUCAAGGAACACAAAUGUCAUUUAUGUGAAUAUACUGCUAGUUUGAAAAGUAACCUUAAGGCGCACAUCAAAUCGGUUCACUUAAAAGUCAAGAAACACAAAUGUCACUUAUGUGACUUUAUUGCUUCUGUAAAAAGUCUCCUUGAAAAACAUAUAAAUUGUGUUCAUUUAAAUGUAAAAAAAUACAAGUGUCAGUCAUGUGAAUAUGCUGGAAGUCAGAAAAUACAACUAGAUAGACAUAUUAAGUCGGUUCAUUUAAAUGUCAAGAAAUACAAGUGUCAGUCAUGUGAAUAUGCCGGAAGUCAGAAAAAACAACUUGAUAGACAUGUUGAGUCGGUUCAUUUAAAUAUCAGGAAACACAAAUGUCACUUAUGUGAAUAUGCUGCUAAUGUAAAAUUCAACCUCAAUAGACAUAUCAAGUCGGUUCAUUUGACUAACCUUGAUGCAUACAUUAAACCAGUUCACUUAAAAGUCAAGAAACACAAAUGUCACUUAUGCGAAUAUACUUCUCGUUGGAAAGGUAACCUUGAUGUACAUAUCGAAUCGGUUCACUUAAACGUCAAGAAACACAAAUGUCACUUAUGUGAAUAUGCGGCUUAUCUUAAAUGUAGGCUCGAUGGACAUAUAAAGUCGGUUCAUUUAAAUAUCAAGGAACAUAAAUGUCACUUAUGUGAAUUCGCUGCUGAUGUAAAAUCUAAACUUGAUAGACAUAUCGAGUUGGUGCAUUUGAAAGUCAGGAAACACAAUUGUCACUUAUGUGAAUAUUCUGCUAGUUUGAAAGGUAACCUUGAUGCACACAUCAAAGCGGUUCACUUAAAAGUCAAGGAACACAAAUGUCAUUUAUGUGAAUAUACUGCUAGUUUGAAAAGUAACCUUAAGGCGCACAUCAAAUCGGUUCACUUAAAAGUCAAGAAACACAAAUGUCACUUAUGUGACUAUAUUGCUUCUGUAAAAAGUGUCCUUGAAAAACAUAUAAACUCUGUUCAUUUAAAUAUCAAAAAAUACAAGUGUCAGUCAUGUGACUAUGCUGGAAGUCAGAAAAGUAACCUCAAUGCACACAUCAAAUCGGUUCACUUAAGAGUAAAGUAAACGUAAAAAAACAAGGGUCAUUUAUGUGAGUUUGCUAUAAAUAGAAAAAACAGCCUGAAGCAUUGUUCAUUCGAGAAUUAAGAAUCACAAGUUUUGUGAUAAAAUACAUAUUUUGAUCUAAGUACGAUGUAACGUAUUGUAAACUGCAUUCUGAUAAGUAUGACACGUAGAUAUCUACGGUAAGACAUUACGAGAGCAGUCAGCAGAGGAAGCCUCUUUGCCAGACUUUCUGAACAAUUCUACCUUUUACCUUGGUUCUAAUUUUAUUGUGAAAUUGAUAUUUUGAGAUUCUAUUUCGAGAGUUUGACUGUAUACUUGAAUUAAAUGAAUACUUUAUAAAUAAAUGAUUAUAAACAUGUUACUUUUA